AUUGAGAUUGCCGUUCCUGUCUCACACACAACCCAAGUCUCGUGUCGGCACUUCUGUGCCUGCUCCAAGCACACCAACAGCCCGACUAGCAAGGCAAAAGAAGCAAUCAGGUCGGGUCGCAUGAUGACGAUGAUGACACUUGACACCAUGGACCCCUCAUUUCUUCUUCCUUUUACUUUUCCUUUGCUACGGAAGUAAAGUCGCCUUGUUUAACGUGCCCGUUCCUUAGCCGUUGACGUGCCUUUCCGCUAUUGUUAACGGCUUUUGUCGGCCAGAUAUCAAGGUCAAAAUGAACAUAGUUCUUAACGUCGAGAUGCCAACUCAAAAGAAACAUGGACAUUUCUAUGGGACCACCUAAGCUGAAAAGUAAAGCGUGACUGUCCAGUAGACGAAUUACAUAGGGAGACAAUGUGGUAGUAAGGAUGGCAAAGUCCAAGACCCAACACCUAUCAAUGCGAGGCCUCCAUAGGGCCCGUUUCGUUUGGCAACUUGUAAUCGUUAAUCUAAUGAGCUUUUAAGCAUGAAUGAGAAGAGCGAUUGUCCAUUGUUGGGGAUCCACUGAAGUUCCAAGGCCCAGCCAGUUUCAACGGAUCACCAUGGCAGGUGGGUGACAACCUAUUGGGUGGGGGUACGUACCAGUAUAUGGGGCUGACUGCCCGCUCGGCUGCUGGCAGCUGGCACUGACAGUCACUGCCCAGAGGUGCCCCUUCCUCGAUAUCUCUCGCGCUUUCGUCACCCCCAACCAAUAACUUGACAAUAACUCCCCCGUCUAAUAAGGUACAACUGGCUCUCUCAACUCAACUCGUCCCGCAAAACAAAACCACUUCUUUUUUUCAUCUCUCUUCUCUUUCUCCUGGCCCCAUUCGCCAUCUGCCAACUCCUUCAACUGAAGCUCCUCUCAGCCGAAUUUUGUUUAUUCGCUUUCCCUUAACCAAUACCUUAAGCUACUAUAAAUUCCCACGACUCAAGGUACGUAUCUACACUUCUGCCCAGCUCAACCCUUCUACUUGUGAACAACAACCAUCACCAUAUCCUGUGGCGGCUCUCUCGUCUUCUUCUUGUCGUUUGUGUUUCGUUGUGCCCUUCCACCACCCCUCCUCUCUGUCGUCAUUGCCCCCCCCCCCUCAGACCGAAACGAACACGCACCCAUUAUCCCCCUUGGGAUAUCCGGGCGCCUUUACCACCACGUUUAAGCGAUAGCCGCCUUAUCUGUACUGCCAACGACAAAAACACCUUAUUUCGAGGCUACCGGUCGUUUAGUUACUGUGCGGUGCUCCUUGUUGCUUGUCGCCCAUCUCAGGAGGCCGUCGUCUCAGAAACCCCUCCGCCACUGACAGGCCUAAGAGCGGGGAGCCUCACCGAGUCGUCGCCGCCGCUCUAGCCACGCACUAGGCGCGCAACUGCCUCUCCCUGUAUCGUCUAAAACCAUCGACUUAUCGCCCCUCGCCCACUUCGAAGCUUCCUUCAUCAUUCCAUCAUCGUCGCUUUCUCCAACGCAUACACGAGCUUGCGGCGUUCGAAUCCACUAUCACUCUCUUUGUGCCUACCUCCCUGUGUCUGCACAUAUCGCUUUAUUUACUUCAUUUGACAAACUUGACCAUCCCCCUUUACUAACUGUCCUUGAACACAGUCACCAAACAUCAACAAAAUGGGUCACGAAGAUGCCGUCUACCUUGCCAAGCUCGCCGAGCAGGCUGAGCGAUAUGAGGAGAUGGUUGAGAACAUGAAGAUUGUCGCCGGUGAGGAUCGAGAUCUCACUGUCGAGGAGCGAAACCUUCUCUCCGUUGCCUACAAGAACGUCAUUGGCGCCCGCCGUGCCUCCUGGCGCAUAGUCACCUCUAUCGAGCAGAAGGAGGAGUCGAAGGGCAACUCUUCUCAGGUUACCCUUAUCAAGGAGUACCGACAGAAGAUUGAGGCCGAGCUUGCCAAAAUCUGCGACGACAUUCUCGAGGUUCUCGACCAGCACCUUAUUCCCUCUGCCAAAUCUGGCGAGUCCAAGGUUUUCUACCACAAGAUGAAGGGCGACUACCACCGUUACCUUGCCGAGUUCGCCAUCGGUGACCGCCGCAAGGACUCUGCCGACAAGUCCCUCGAGGCCUACAAGGCUGCUACUGAAGUUGCCCAGACUGAGCUUCCUCCCACUCACCCUAUCCGUUUGGGUCUUGCCCUUAACUUUUCAGUUUUCUACUACGAAAUCCUCAACGCCCCUGACCAGGCUUGCCACUUGGCCAAGCAGGCAUUUGACGACGCUAUUGCUGAGCUCGAUACCUUGAGUGAGGAGAGCUACAAGGACUCUACACUGAUCAUGCAACUGCUCCGCGACAAUCUUACCCUCUGGACCUCCUCCGAGGCCGAGACCUCCGCUGCUGGUCAGGCCGAGGCUCCCAAGGAGGAUGCACCUGCGGCCGCCACCGAGGAGCCAGCUGCCCCGGCCGAGGAGCCUAAGGCCGAGUAAGGAGUCGACUAGUGAUUUGUCUAUACAGGUGUCAGGUGGGCUGGUGUCUACGGAGUGUGGACGGAAGACCUCGUUUUUGAUCAAGAGCUUCGGCAUCGUUUCAGUACAGACAAUGGCCAUGGAAAGGGCUGACUUUUUCACCAACGGGCUGGCAAGGCGAGUCUAACAGAACACUUUUACGUUCUGCUCUUAAACUGUUAAUGCGUUGGCCGUCUGGACAAUAAAAAUACUAAAAUUACUUUCAAUACACGAAAUAUAUGACUAGUGAUGACGCAGUUAAAGAAAACGACAUGGGUUUUUCUUCUUCUUUGUUUUUGUUUUGGCUCGCAAGGAACAAUACUAUGUUAUGGUACAAGGUA